UUCACCUUUCAUGUUACCACCUUUUUUUAUCCUCCAUAACAAUCUUUAUCUUCACUUUCUCUAUUAUUUAUGCUUCUUGAUCUCAUUUGAAUAAUCAACUUCUUGUUAUCUCAGUUUGGUUUUAAUGCAUUGGGUGUUGAGUUUAGACAUGAAAGAAUGUUAAAGAUUCAAUCUUUUUGGUGUUUAGGGGGAUUAUGGAUUUCAGAUCUGGAUUUGAGGUGCAUUUUGGGUUGUGGGUGUGAUUUUUAUGAAAUUCUGUGAGGUGGGUCUGUUUUGGUUUGAGUUUAUAAGCAUUGUUUUGAGAAAUCAAAUCUUUAGCAUUUUUUGGGUUGUGAGAUGAAGUGGGGUUAUGGGUCAAAGUCAAGGUGUCGCCAGAGUUCAGUGGUGGCUGUGGCGGAGGAAACAGAGGGGAUUGAUGAAGGGCUUGUGGAGAGCUGUUGGGCUAAUUUGCCUUUAGAGUUAUUGAGAGAGGUUCUUAUGAGGAUUGAAGAUACAGAAUCUAAAUGGCCUUUGAGGAAAAGUGUUGUAGCUUGUUCUGGAGUGUGUAGGAGCUGGAGGGAGAUUAUGAAGGAGUUGGUGAAGACUCCUGAAGUUUCUGGCAAGUUAACUUUCCCAAUUUCUGUCAAGCAGCCUGGUCCACGAGACACACUUCUUCAGUGCUUUAUAAAGAGAAACCAGACAACACAGACAUAUCAUCUAUACCUUAGUUUGACUCAAGCAUUGGCUGAUGAUGGCAAGUUUCUUCUUGCUGCUCGGAAGUACAGGAAGGCCACCUGCACUGACUACACUAUAUCACUAGAUGCAAAUGAAAUGUCAAAGGGAGGUGGCACUUGUAUCGGGAAAUUAAGAUCAAAUUUCCUUGGAACCAAGUUUACUGCAUACGAUUCUAUUCUUCCUUACGCUGGAGCCAAGCUGGUGAAGAGCCGUUCCACUAGGCUUGUGGGCUCAAAACAAAUGAAUCCUAGAGUGCCAGCUGGAAACUAUGAAGUUGCUCAUAUUUCAUACGAGUUGAAUGUACUUGGAGCCAGCAGGGGGCCAAGAAGAAUGCAUUGUGUGAUGGAUGCUAUCCCAGCUUCUGCCAUUAAACCUGGAGGUAGAGCUCCCACACAGGUUGAUUUCCCAAUGGACAAUAGUGGUUCCUCUCUUCCAAUGCGAUUUCUUCGAUCCAAAUCAAGUCGCUUGGAGAAGUCUUUGUCUGGGCCUAUAGAAACUCAAAGAGAAGGUUCACUGGUUCUGAAAAAUAAGGCUCCCAGAUGGCAUGAGCAGCUCCAAUGCUGGUGUUUGAAUUUUCAUGGUCGGGUAACCGUCGCCUCGGUGAAGAACUUUCAGUUGGUGGCUUCUCCAGAGAAUGGUGCGGCUGGACCAGAACAUGAGAAGGUUAUUUUGCAGUUCGGUAAAGUAGGGAAGGACAUGUUUACAAUGGAUUACCGCUACCCACUAUCAGCAUUCCAGGCAUUCGCCAUAUGCCUUAGCAGCUUUGACACUAAAAUUGCUUGUGAAUGACUUGUCUUUGAGUGCUAGCGGCCGCGGCGUGGUUGCUUGGAAGUGCAAUAAUUCCAGUGUUUGAAUGUGAAGCACAAGAAUGGUGCAAAUGCAGAAUAAAAUGCCAAAGUUGAUAAUCAUUAUUUCUUGUAUGUUUUCUCAAGGACCACACCAAAAAGGAGGAUACAGAAACUAAAGAACCAAAAGAAUGUUGUUGCAGCUAAAGAUUAGAAAGAAAAAAAAAAUAUAUUAUGAUCCUCUUUAGACAUAUUUUGUACAUUUUGUUUUUCUGUGUAUAUAAUUUACUUAAAUCA